AUGCUUCAAGAGUACUUGAGAAAUCAAGAUGAGAGUACAAAGAAGAUGGAGAGAAGAAUCGAUUUCAUCCAUGAGAGCCUUGGAAACAAAUCUGAAGUCCUAUUCAAGCAAGUGAUCAAGCUUGAUGAAGACAUUAAGAAGUUGAGAGAGGAUCAUGAUCGAUCUUUGACCCUAGUUAAGCUUGAUGUUGCUUCCAAAUAUCAAGAGUUGCUGAACAAGAGCAUGAAAAUUGAAGAUACUAGCUAUGGCAAUAGCAAAAAUCUUGGUUCGAUCUACAACCGCCUACAAGCCCUUGAAGGAUAA